GCCUUUGCCGCCACCGUCUCUGCUGCCGCCGUCCCCGCGCUGCCUCCGGGAGCCUCCAUUGUUCCAGCGGCGCCGGGUCCCGAGACCGGGCAAUUUAGGGGCUCUCGAAACAGGAGACAGCAGACAGAGUUGAGACACCGGGGCUCCGGCGGAACCGGGAGCGGCGGGGGUCAGCGCGGGAAUCCCGGGGAGCCGGGGCCAGAGCGUGGGACGGCAAGGGGCCGGGGUGGCGAGGUCUGAAGUCUCCGGAAUUGGGGCUCUCCCUCCCCGGCCCGUCUUUCCCCGCCAAGUGGGGUCGGAGCCCCGGCGGACGGCCCCGGCGAUGAGCCCGGACUCGAGGUGGCCGAUGUGACAGCAUGGGGGUGGACUUUGACGUGAAGACUUUCUGCCACAACUUGCGGGCAACUAAGCCACCAUAUGAGUGCCCCGUGGAGACUUGCCGCAAGGUCUACAAGAGUUACAGUGGUAUUGAGUACCACUUGUACCAUUAUGACCACGACAACCCACCACCCCCGCAGCAGACUCCUCUCCGUAAGCACAAGAAGAAGGGGCGCCAGUCACGCCCAGCCAACAAGCAGUCACCCAGCCCCUCAGAGGUAUCACAGUCACCCAGCCGUGAGGUGAUGAGCUAUGCACAGGCCCAGCGCAUGGUGGAGGUAGACCUGCACGGCCGCGUCCAUCGCAUCAGCAUCUUUGACAACCUAGAUGUGGUGUCAGAGGAUGAUGAGGCCCCCGAGGAGGCCCCUGAGAAUGGCAGCAACAAAGAGAACACUGAGACGCCGGCUGUGACUCCCAAGUCAGGCAAGCAUAAGAACAAGGAGAAACGCAAGGAUUCCAACCAUCACCACCACCAUAAUGCUUCUGCCAGCACCACUCCCAAGUUGCCAGAGGUUGUAUACCGGGAGCUGGAGCAAGACACCCCUGAUGCCCCACCCCGGCCAACUUCCUAUUACCGGUACAUUGAGAAGUCAGCAGAGGAGCUGGAUGAGGAGGUAGAGUAUGACAUGGAUGAAGAGGACUACAUCUGGCUGGAUAUCAUGAACGAACGACGGAAGACGGAGGGUGUGAGUCCUAUCCCGCAGGAGAUCUUUGAGUACUUAAUGGACCGGCUGGAGAAGGAGUCCUACUUUGAGAGCCACAAUAAAGGCGACCCCAAUGCACUAGUGGAUGAGGAUGCUGUGUGCUGUAUCUGCAAUGAUGGUGAAUGCCAGAACAGCAAUGUCAUCCUCUUUUGUGACAUGUGCAACCUGGCUGUGCACCAGGAGUGCUAUGGCGUCCCCUAUAUCCCUGAGGGCCAGUGGCUGUGCCGCCGCUGUCUACAAUCACCCUCACGUGCUGUGGACUGUGCCCUGUGCCCCAAUAAGGGUGGUGCCUUUAAGCAGACAGAUGAUGGGCGCUGGGCCCAUGUGGUGUGUGCCCUGUGGAUCCCUGAGGUCUGCUUUGCCAACACAGUCUUCCUGGAGCCAAUCGACAGCAUCGAGCACAUCCCGCCAGCUCGCUGGAAGCUCACCUGCUACAUUUGCAAACAGCGGGGCUCAGGGGCCUGCAUUCAGUGCCACAAAGCCAACUGCUACACAGCCUUCCACGUGACAUGUGCCCAGCAGGCCGGCCUUUACAUGAAGAUGGAGCCUGUGCGGGAGACAGGUGCCAAUGGCACCUCCUUUAGCGUCCGCAAAACAGCCUACUGUGACAUCCAUACACCCCCAGGUUCAGCUCGCCGGCUGCCUGCCCUGUCCCACAGUGAGGGUGAAGAGGAGGAGGAUGAGGAGGAGGAUGAGGGUAAGAGUUGGAGUUCAGAGAAGGUUAAGAAGGCCAAGGCCAAGUCCCGGAUCAAGAUGAAAAAGGCACGAAAGAUCUUGGCAGAGAAGCGGGCAGCAGCACCUGUGGUUUCAGUGCCCUGCAUUCCACCACACAGGCUCAGUAAAAUUACCAACCGCCUAACAAUCCAAAGGAAGAGCCAGUUCAUGCAGAGGCUGCACAGCUACUGGACACUGAAGCGGCAGUCACGGAAUGGGGUCCCGCUGUUACGUCGCCUGCAGACACAUUUGCAGUCUCAGAGGAACUGUGACCAAGUUGGGAGAGAUUCUGAGGAUAAGAACUGGGCCCUCAAAGAACAGCUCAAGUCCUGGCAGCGGCUCCGGCAUGACCUAGAGAGAGCUCGGCUGCUGGUAGAGCUGAUUCGCAAGCGGGAGAAACUCAAAAGGGAGACGAUCAAGGUCCAGCAGAUUGCCAUGGAGAUGCAGCUGACCCCUUUUCUCAUCCUCCUUCGCAAAACCUUGGAGCAGCUCCAAGAGAAGGACACAGGCAACAUCUUCAGCGAGCCGGUCCCUCUGUCUGAGGUAACCGAAUUGGACGAAGUACCUGACUACCUAGACCACAUCAAAAAGCCCAUGGAUUUUUUCACCAUGAAGCAGAACUUGGAGGCUUAUCGCUACCUGAACUUUGAUGAUUUUGAGGAGGACUUCAACCUCAUCGUCAGCAACUGCCUCAAGUAUAACGCCAAGGACACCAUCUUCUACCGGGCAGCGGUGCGGCUCCGUGAGCAGGGUGGUGCUGUGCUCCGCCAGGCCCGGCGCCAGGCAGAAAAAAUGGGCAUUGACUUUGAGACGGGCAUGCAUAUCCCCCACAACCUGGCUGGAGACGAGGCCCCACACCACACUGAAGAUGCAGCAGAGGAGGAGCGGCUGGUCCUGUUGGAGAACCAGAAGCACCUGCCAGUGGAAGAGCAGCUGAAGUUGUUGCUGGAACGGUUGGAUGAAGUGAAUUCCAGCAAGCAGAGUGUGGGCCGCUCACGGCGCGCAAAGAUGAUCAAGAAAGAGAUGACAGCGCUUCGGCGGAAGCUUGCCCACCAGCGGGAAACUGGAAGGGAUGGGCCUGAGCGCCAUGGCCCUUCCAGCCGGGGCAGCCUGACACCUCACCCAGCAGCCUGUGACAAGGAUGGGCAGACAGACAGUGCCGCUGAGGAGAGCAGCAGCCAGGAGACAAGCAAAGGCCUGGGUCCCAACAUGUCCUCAACCCCCGCACAUGAGGUGGGCAGGAGAACCUCAGUUCUGUUCUCCAAAAAGAACCCGAAGACAGCUGGACCGCCCAAGAGGCCGGGCCGGCCCCCCAAAAACCGGGAGAGCCAGAUGACCCCCAGCCACGGAGGCAGUCCUGUGGGGCCCCCUCAGCUUCCCAUCAUGGGCUCCCUGCGUCAGCGCAAGCGGGGUAGGAGCCCCCGGCCCAGUUCCAGCUCAGACAGCGACAGUGAUAAAUCCACAGAAGACCCCCCAAUGGACUUACCAGCCAAUGGCUUCAGCAGUGGAAACCAGCCAGUCAAGAAGAGUUUCUUGGUAUAUCGUAAUGACUGCAGCCUUCCCCGGAGCAGCUCAGACUCUGAGUCCAGCAGCAGUAGCAGCAGCAGUGCUGCCUCAGAUCGGACCAGCACAACACCCUCAAAACAAGGCAGGGGCAAGCCCUCCUUCUCUCGGGGCACAUUCCCAGAGGACAGCAGUGAAGAUACCUCAGGCACUGAGAAUGAGGCCUACUCCGUGGGUACUGGCCGCGGCGUGGGCCACAGCAGUAAGUACCCUCGCCCAAGGCCAGGGAUGCUGGGGCCCCAGUGUCCGGGCCUUACCAGCCCCCUGUCUGCUGAUCUGCCCCCUCUCUCCCAUUCCUGUGAAGUGGUAAGGAAGAGUCUGGGCCGGGGAGCUGGCUGGCUGUCAGAGGAUGAGGACUCCCCGCUGGAUGCUCUGGACCUUGUGUGGGCCAAGUGCCGAGGGUAUCCAUCGUACCCAGCUCUGAUCAUUGAUCCAAAGAUGCCCCGGGAAGGUAUGUUCCACCAUGGGGUUCCCAUUCCUGUGCCCCCACUAGAGGUGCUGAAACUUGGGGAGCAGAUGACCCAGGAAGCCCGAGAGCAUCUCUACCUCGUCCUCUUCUUUGACAACAAGCGAACCUGUAGGUGCAACUGCUAGAGGAAGAGUCAGCUGCGCCUUCUUUCAUGAAGGUCGGAUGUUUAAAGUUCUUCAACGGUAGGAUUGUCCAAGUGUUUCAGAGCCACUAGAGCUGUGACUUUCCCCUUCUUAACUGGGAACAGAGCGGCACUAUAGACUGUUGCUGUUCUUCAUUCAUUCCCAACCCUGGCUCCUUUUCUGAUUCAGACAUUUUUUGAAGGAAUGUCUUCCAAGUGCUAGGCACCUGUGGGCUGGUGUGCCAAUGGAUGAAACAGUCACAGGAAGCAGCUGCGGAGGGUUUUGGAGCUACUGAGUGGAUGUGCGACAACAGCAUGUCUGAUGAUACCAAGUUGCUGGUGCUCCCUGCGAGGUAAUGGGGGUGGGGCACAAAGAAACCAGCGGUAAAUCUCGCCCUUCAGGAAUCUGCAGUCUAAUCAUCGAUCACCAAAAAUCACUAUGCUAGGAGGAGAAAAAAAGUCGCCGGUUAAAAGCACAGGUCUAGCUUUUUGUGACUUUCUCCAGAAGGGAAGAAAUUACAUCUUUCCUGGGCUCAGCCAGCCAGCCGGCCCCGGCAACCGGGCUAGGCAGACAGGCUGCCCCGCGGCCACACGCUGACGCUUGAACUUUGAGUCGCCUUUCCCAGCCCCUGAGAAGCCCGACACAAGCCGCAUUGGAUGCGGCAGUGUGAGAUGGGGGAGGACGGAAGGAAAGUCCUCCCGAGGAGAGAGCAGCGGAGGCAGGGACAGGAGGCCGAUCUAGAGUCAGGCCUCAGAGUGGUCUGUGAGGAGGCCUAAGACCGGCGGGCGCGGAGACAUUUCCUCAGGAGACAGGCGCUGUGGAGACUCCCCACAGGGCUCGGUGGGCUGGCGCUGUGUUCGGGUCCGGGUCCGGGUCCGAUUCUCAGUGAAGAGGAGCUCAUCGGAGGAGGACCUCAGUAAGCGAAAAGCAGACUAGAGAGGCGCGGUGGGAAAGGCUCUCUGAAGAUGGCGGGGGAUAGGAUUUGGUUGUGCGGGCCGGCAAGCCUGACGACAGGCAGGGAGGACCGGGGGCUGAGGGCCCCGGCCGGUGGGGACACGCUGGCCCGCCUAAUGCGGAGGAAAGGGCCAGCGGCGAGCCCAGCGCGCGCUAACCGCUGAGAGGCCUCGGGAAGGCCCGCCCAGCGCCGCCACGCCCGUUCUCAUUGGCGCCUCGUAUUUCCCCGCGGAUUGGCUACCUCUAAAACGGACUUGCGCCCUACUUCCGGUGAGGCUUCUCAGGAAAGGCCGGAAGGGUGCGCUUGCGCUUGCGCUUGCGUCCCAGAACCACUGCCGCUUCCGGGUACAAUGGUGAG